CGGAAGGGAAAAUGAAGGUGAGAGAAAAUGUAGAAGAAAGAUGGAGAGGAAAGGAGAAUAUUGGUGGUGAGAAAGAGAACGAGAAUGGAGGGAACAGAAGAAAGGAAGAAGUGAAGAUGAGUGAGGGUGAGAGGAUAUGGAGGGGUAGAGAGAUGAAAGUGGAUGAGUGAAGAGACAGAGGAUGGAGAGAGCGGAGGGAAGGAGUGGAAACAAAUAAGCCUAUAUAAUGUUUGUAGAUGAGUGUAUAACGAGAAGAAAUGUCCCAGAGCGGUCAGUGAGGUAUGAAAAAUGUGCCAAGCAGAAAUGAAAGGGAUAGAAUCAUGCAACCAUUCAAAAAUCCUAAAUAACUUCCUUUGGAGCCUGAGGAAGUCAGGCUGCCAAAACGUUUGACAAUACAACUUUUCAUGAUGCACGGCUGGUGGUGAUGGUGGCGGUGGUGGUGGUGAUAGCGUAAUGGUGAGGCUAUAAAGAUAAGGAGAAUGGCGAUAUCUAAUAGGUGGUGGUGGUGAGGGAGGAGAGAUGUGAACCUAUAUAACGGGGUGCUGGUGAAGGAGACACACGGAGGCAGGGAGCACGGGAUGAGUGGCGAGGGCUCUGCGAUGCAAGACGAGGCAGCGCGUGGUCAGUAUUUGAGGCACUUCGACCCACAAGCAUACCACGAUACCUACUACGCCUCUGUGGACCAGGACCUGGCCUUCUUCCUGCAGUGUUACCACCACGCCUUCCACGCCGAGCCUCGCCUAGCCCGCCGCAGCGCCGCCCGGAGACGCCUGCUCGAGGUGGGCUGUGGUCCUGUGCCUGUGUACACCGCCUGCGCCUCCGCCUUCGCCUCCUCCGUCACCAUGAGCGAGUUUCUGCCUCAAAACAGAUGCGAGAUGCAGGCCUGGAUGGAAGGGAAGGACGAAGCUCUGGAUUGGUCAGUCUUUUUCAACUACCUGGCUUCCCUCAGCCCUCACAGUUCCUCAGUUCUCGAGUGUUGCUCCAGGAGUGUGAAGGACAUCGAGAGUCAGCUGAGGUCACGCUUCGCAGAGGUCAUUCCGUGUGACCUUACAAUGGACGACCCACUCAUCUCUCCCGCCCACAGGGCCUCCUACGACGUGGUAAUGACGACCCUGUGUCUGGAAUUCGUGGCAUCAAGCAAGGACGACUACUACUUGAUGGUGGGUCGUCUCGUGUCCCUGCUACGACCCGGAGGAGUGCUCAUUAUGGCCGGGGCUCUAAAAAACACAAAAUACCUGCUGGGGGGCCUGACAUACCCUUCCGUGCCCCUGGGGGAGGAGGAUCUGAGAGCCGCCCUUCGCCCCCAUUGCCAGGAGGACGUAACCAUAAGGACACUCCAUCGUCGGGGCCUCCUUCAGGACAAGCCAGCUGACCACGAGGGGGUAUUCUUUCUCCUGACGCAGCGCCGGCAGGAGGGAGAGAGUGAAGGAGGAAAUGAGUAUAGAGAUGUAAAUGAUGAGAUGAAAUGCGGGGGGUAGGGAGAUGAAGAUAGAAGAGAAGAAUGAGGAUGGAGGGAAUAGAAGAAGGAAGGAGUGAAAGGUGUGUGUGUUAUUAGGUGCUUGUAGUUUUGUGUGGAGGAAGAGAGUUGUCUUUAGAGGGCAGGCUGUGACUGCCCCCUUGUGUUGCGAGACACAAAGGGAAACGUUCAGUGAGAUCACAGCUGGGUUUAAUGAUAAGUUCACAGUACCCCCUGAACAGUGCUUUAGACCUCACUGGGAGUAAUUAUCGUUUCGGCAGGUGUCUAUUGCCUACUACUACUACUACUACUACUACUACUACUACUACUACUACUACUACUACUUCUACUACCACACCUACACACGAACACAAGUAGGUCAAUGAAAGAGGCUCACCUGGAGAAGAUUAAAAGCGUAUAUUUUAUUUUUGUACACAAUGAACAGGUAACACACGGGCCAGCCAAUGUACCUGUCAUCUCAUUAGGCCGAGAACCCCUCUGUACACCUGGAGGAGGAGGAGGAGGAGGAGGAGGAGGAGGAGGAGGAGGAGGAGCAUAGGAAGAGAUAUUUGUGUUUUCAGUUACUUCUUAUGAAAACUAGCAUGUUAUCCAGAGAGAGAGAGAGAGAGAGAGAGAGAGAGAGAGAGAGAGAGAGAGAGAGAGAGAGAGAGAGAGAGAGAGAGAGAGAGAGAGCAAACAACAGUAUUUCUAUUGGUUUUUACUGGGGUGUUUGAGGGGUUUCUAAUAUACAGUGAGAGAAACAGAAUAGUAAAAGAGAUGGCUCCUCCCCACCCACCGCCAGGAGGAGGAGGAGGAGGAGGAGGAGGAGGAGGAGGAGGAGGAGGAGGAGGAGGAGAAGAGGUGUUUAAAUGGGAAACUUAAAUAUUUCAUGCAUACACGGACCUGCCAUGCUGUGUGUGUGUGUGUGUGUGUGUGUGUGUGUGUGUGUGUGUGUGUGUGUGUGUGUGUGUGUGUGUGUGUGUGUGUGUGUGUUGUUGUUGUUGUUGGUGUGUCAGUGCUACAAACAAUGCUACAGCCAACAAACAGUUCAAUAAGCUAAGUAACAACAGUAACAACAACAAUAACAAAGUGUAAACAAGCCACACAAACAAAAUAACAAACAUAUCAACAAACAAAGUAAUAUCAGUAACAACAACAAUUAUUAAUCUAUUCGUUCUAUUAUUAAUAACAUUCUCUUUACUCUUUCCUGUUUUUUCUUUGUUUCCCUCUUAUCUUUCUGUUUUAUUUUAAUAUAAUGUGAAAUAAAAAAAAAUCACGUUUCUCUUUCCUAAAAAUAUAAAGGAAAUUUGCUUUAAUCUCAAUAUUUACUAAUUUCCUUUCCUUAAAAAACAGUAUAAAUAAUAUAUGUCUUUCCGUUUACGAAAAUAAUAUUGAACACCAUAAUUUCAAACAUUUCUGUAUAAAACACAACACUUAGACUAUAAAUUCCCUAAAGUCAACACUCCAAGUAAGCUCCAAUUCCAUUAUAAGCGAUCUGUUCCUCUUUGUUAUAACUUUUGUGGAAUUCAACAAUAUAAAAAGACAUCCGGGGAGAGCAUGUUGUUGUGUGGGGGACGAAACUUAUGAUUACCCACAAGCCCCGUGGUAACAAGCAAUAAUAAUAAUAAUAAUAAUAAUAAUAAUAAUAAUAAUAAUAAUAAUAAUAAUAAUAAUAAUAAUAAUAAUAACAUGCCUUUGUACAGUUUCCAUACCCAAAUUAUUUACAAUAAGGUUAGAUUUUUUUAGUGAAGCAUGUCUUUUGUUUUUCGACUCACAAUGAAACGAAAACAACCAAAAACAAAAUAAAUAAAGAAAAUAAAGAUAUAUUUACAAAGUAAAUGGAAUGAAUAAGAAAAAAAAUGAUAAAAACGAAAGAAAG